AGGUGGUGCUGCUGCUGGUGCUGCUGCUGCUGGUGGUGGUGGUGGUGGUGGUGGACGGGGCUUGUCUUUUAUCUGGCUGCAUGUUGACACGCAUUUCUGCUCCAUCUCCUUGAUUAACCCGGCAGCCCGGAGGGGAGUCGCAGAGGCAGCGGCGGCAGCAGCAGCAGUCAGGGGGGCUGGGCAGGCAGGGAGGCAGAGGAAUGAGAGCGGACCGAGCCGUGGCAUCUUCACCAUGCAGCCGACCACCACCAGCCGUCCAUUUUAUACGAUUAUAUGAGCCGAUGAGCGCCAGUUUGUCUGUGUCUUGCAGACAGGCGGUGUGCAGUCCCGGCGAUGACAACAUAGGCCAACGCCUCGCUGCAGCUACAUACAGGGAAUGAAAACGCUCCCAAGAUGGUCCGCAUCGCCAAAGCCCUGGGUUUGGUUAUUCUGUGCGUCGCUGUGCUCAUACUGUCGCUCAUCAGCUAUGUGUCCCUGAGAAAAGACAGCCUCUUCAGCUCCUCUAAAUAUUACAUGGGGGGCCCGAGGAUUAUGUUUCAUGCAGGAUUUCGGUCUCAGUUUGCCAUGAAUUUCCUGGACCCCUCCUUCAUCCCCUUAACUAAUGCCCUGAAUGAGGAGCUCCAAGGAAAACCGUCCAAAUGGAAGUUCAACAAGACUGCUUUUUAUCAGCAGAGGAAAGAUAUCUUCAACUACAUCGACAUUCCCACCAACUUCUCCCUCACAAAGAACAGCGUGCGUGUCGGCCAGCUGAUGCACUUUGACUACUCCAGCCACAAGUAUGUCUUCUCCAUCAGCAACAACUUCAAGUCCCUGCUCCCAGACACCUCUCCCAUCCACAACAAGCAUUACAGCAUAUGCUCUGUGGUGGGCAACAGCGGCAUCCUGACAGGCAGCCACUGCGGCCCAGAAAUCGACCAGGCCGACUUUGUCUUCCGCUGCAACUUCGCCCCCACGGAGGUCUACUCCAAGGACGUGGGCAGGAAGACCAACCUGACCACCUUUAACCCCAGCAUCCUGGAGAGGUACUACAAUAACCUGCUGACCAUUCAAGACAGGAAUAAUUUCUUCCUCAACCUGAAGAAGCUGGAGGGAGCCAUCCUGUGGAUCCCGGCCUUCUUCCUUCAUACCUCAGCCACAGUAACCAGGACUCUGGUGGACUUCUUUGUGGAGCAUAAGGGCCAGCUGAAGGUGGAACUGGCCUGGCCAGGAAACAUCAUGCACGAUGUCAACAAAUACUGGAAGACUAAAAACCUUUCCCCCAAACGUCUCAGCACUGGAAUCCUCAUGUACACGCUGGCCUCCGCCAUGUGCGACGAGAUCCAUCUCUACGGCUUCUGGCCCUUCGGCUGGGACCCCAAUACUGGCAAGGAUCUGCCUUACCACUACUACGACAAGAAAGGGACCAAAUUCACCACCAAGUGGCAGGAGACCCACCAGCUGCCCAGCGAGUUCAAGCUGCUCUACAAGCUGCACAGGGAAGGCGUGAUUAAACUCAGCCUGACACACUGCUCUUAGACGUACAAUGAUGCUGGAUGAGUUGGAUGGUGACUCCAGAGACUGUGACCCAGAUACAUCAGCUCAGCUCAAACUUCUGUUGUGACCCACAAUGCAUGAUAAGUGUUAAGGUAAUUUAUGACACCCUCAUUUUACAAACACACACUCACAUCACACUGUAGUAUCACAUGACGCUGUCAGGCUUACUCGGGAUGUAAAUCACAGACUUAUCACUUAUUCGGUAUAUUGUUGUCUUCAGUAAUACAGUUAGGACUUUUAUGCUGCUCAGUUGCUUUCAUUACUGUCCUUUGCAUGGCUGCUGGCCGUGGCUAAACAGCUCGAACAGAACAAACUAUUUUAACUGGAGUCCGCAGGGGAAUCAGUUGUGGAAACACAAACAGUUAAACCUUCCAGUUCUGUUUAACACAGUAUUGAUUGAUUAAUCGCCUUUUACAACAGUAUACUGAUUCUGUACACUGAAAUCACUGCCUAAUCUCAGGGAAGGAGUUAGAUCAGUGUUUUUUUGUAAUCAGAUUCAAUGCCUCAAGAGAGGUGCAGUUCCUGUUUUCAGGCCUUUUUUCCCCCCCAUGAGGUGUCCGAUAAUCUGCACUGCUCUGGAAGAUGGUAUUUGUUUACAAGACUGUACUCUAUAUAUAUAUAUAUAUAUAUAUAUAAAUAUAGUAUAUAUACUUGUGUGUCGUCUUUUAUUCUCUGUAGACAGUGUGACUGUCCACUUCAAAUUUUGUUGAGAUUCUUCAAAUUUUUGGAAUAAUAAUAAACAUUCCAACAAUAAGCCAUAAAUUCAUGGACAGACGAUAGUGUGUUGUCAUUACAAUACUGAUUUUUAGAAAGUGGUAUCGGCCUACAUUAGGUUCUGAGACUAUAAGACAUUUGAAAUAUCUUCCAAUAAGACUGCAAAUCUAUAGCCACGCUAGCAGCUACAUUUGAGUCAUGGAGCUUCGAUUUUCCCAAAAAAUAAAUUCCUGGCGAUCUUUGAAAAACCCAAAAUGUCGUUUAAUAACACUUAACACUGUUCUGAAGGUAUUUCACGUGUAUUAUCUAGACUGCUGCACGAUUAAAACGUUGUUUUUUUUUACCUGUUUCCAAAGUUGCUACUCUAUUUCCUAUUCAGGAAGCCAUAAAUGACAUAUCUCCUUGCUUUUUUACAACACAAGAGAAAUAUUAACACGUUAUUUUGAAACGUACUUGAAAAUGUGAAAUAAUAGACAUUAACAUCAAUAAUAGCUAAAUGUAAAUGAUAGUAAAAUUCUUUAAUUUUGGCUCACAUUGUAGAAACUGAGCAAGGACAUUUCUUGAGUCUUUCUUUCUGGAAAUACCUUCAGAACAGCAGUAAGUUUCGUUAAACAACCUUCUGGGUUUGUAAAAGAUCGCAGGGUUUUUAUUUUUCAGAAAAUCAGAUGCUUAGUUCUGUGACUCGAAAUGAAUGGCAAUACAUGAGAGUCACAAACUGGAGCUAAGGUUGCACAGGCUAUUCGUAAAUCCAUCACUAAGUUUGUGUUUAGUCCUUUCUAAGUUCUAAUUAAGUACUAGCUACUUUCAAUCUAGGUAGUUAAAAUCGGGUUGCAACCUCAUGGAUGACGACAAGACCUCAGGAAGUCACCCCGUAAAACCACAAAUUGUCGUUUUUACACACGUUUUUCUUGUAGGCUACAGAAACAAACAAGAUAUAAUAUGUUAAUAUAAUAUGUUAAUCAGUGAGUCGGAUUUUGUUAUCUUUGGACAGAGCCGGGCUAGCUGUUUCCUCAAUUUCCAGUCUUUAUGCUAAGCUAAGCUAACUGGCUGCCGGCUCCAGCUACAUACUGAACGUAGAGACAUGAGAGUGGAUUGAUCUUCUCAACUAACUCUCGCAGGAAAGCGAAUAAGCGUAUUUCCCAAACUGUUGAAGUAUUCCUUCAAAACCCAAUACUGUAUCUUAGCAAGUAAAGACUUAUUAUUGUAAGCUGUAAUAUAACUUCCAAAGUAAAAGUUUUAGGGGGGCAACUGCCAAUUCUUUGUUAAUGUAGGUAUGACUUUGUUUAAUAUGCAUACACGGAGAAAUAUGUAUGUUUCUGAGUCAAGCUUGUAGUGUUUAUGCAGUUUAGCAUGAUUGGCAAAUAUCCGACUAUGCUAACCGAACUGAUGUUAUUCGGUCAUUUAGUCUAAUGUUGCUGGCAUGACAUUUUGUAAUUUGAGGUGUAUUGUAUUAUUUUUGUAAAGUGCAAUUUCAAAUCUCCCAAGUUUACAUUUUUACAUGGUUCAAACGUGUCAUUUGAUCACAUAUUAUUUUCUCUUUUAUUCUUAAAUCUAAACCGGUCAUAUGUUAGCAAGCUAACGUUAGCUUUGUCAGUUGUUUCAGUAGCGGUGCAACAGUUACACCUGACAGUUUGGUAGGUGUAACUUAACCUAAAGGUUAAAAAGUAAGCUGUGUAAUGUGUGUAACUGUGCGAAUGUGAUCAGGGCGUUCCUGCAAAAGAGUGGCUUCCUCUCAUUGAAACUUCCCUGAAUAAAUAAUGGUAAAAAAACAAACAAAAAACGAACAACAACCAACAACCAAUAUUUAUGUAAGAACUAGUUUUAACGUAGUGGUGAGUAAAUCUCCACUUAGUGAACACAAGCUAAGUUUGAACUUGCAAACAGCUGCAACUGGCCUUAGAAAACAAAACUGCUGAAUCAAUGAAAACUAGAGAGACAAUUUUACAACUUACAAAAAAAUGUAAGUUUGACCAGAGGGCUCCAGACUAAGACCAUCUUGUGACCUAAAUAAUGGCGCUAGCGUGGCUAAAAAUAUCAGGAAAUACAACAUUUUGGACACAGUUUCUUCAAUUAUUUAUAUACCAACAACUGAUCUUGAAGUUUACCACUAUUUCAAUUAAAUACUAAAGAAGAGAAUACACUAUUUAUUGUAGAGCUUUUGUUGACUGGGGGAAAUUAUUUAUUCAUCAUGUAACCAUAUCAAUUCCAGUAUUUGUGACAUAAAACAGAGAAAUUAAUGAAUGUUACUGCAUCUUGUAUAAAGAGCAUGAUCCAUUUAAAUGGCAUCGCAUGUAAGGCACUAACAAAUCUUUCAGGCUAGUUUUAUACAACCUUUUUGAAGAUUGUUUUGAGGGUAAAAUUUUGUUCUUUGCUAUUGUUUGUAUUCCUGAUGGCGUAUUCCUUACGAAUACCACCAGUGUCUUUGUAUGAGAGAUGUUUGAAGGCUAAAAAAAAGAACCCUACUGCUAUAUUCCACAUGGGACCAAACCUCUACAAAUCAACUUAAAAAUGAACAAGCUUUAUUUUUUGUAACUGUAGAUAAACUUGGGUUCUCAAAAACAGUCCACCCUAUCAUGCCAGACUGAAGCAGACUGGUAGAUAUGGGGUUCAGGAUGACUGGGUGCGAACACUGACAGCUGGCCAUAUGACUAUCUCAUGACUGCAACAUGUGCUCCCUUUUUCAAAUUUGCUGAGGUUCAAUACACAGAGCAAUGCAGUCAUUCACACUUACCAGAAGUAGUGUGUGCUUUUGUGCUCAAUCAGAUUUAGCAUGGUAGGCAUUUGCUUUCCAUCCUGUCCCACACAAAGCGUUUUUUUGUCUGUCUCCUUGGGCAAGAUGAACAUUUCAGAUAGUUAACGUUUGUGUUUCGUCUCCAAAUCGCAGUGCAGUCACCACAAUGACCAUGAAAACACAUAUCUGUUGAAAAAAGUUUGAAUAGCUUAAUUUUAGGCCAUUUAAUUGAUGUCAUAGUUUAGUAUAGUCCCUUCAUUAGGAAUGUUUUGUAGGUACACCAAAGACCAUGUGUUCAAAGGAGAAAUGUUACUUUAGCUUGAUACAUAUUUAUUCGGGAUUUUGGAGUAUUAUUGUAGAAUAAGUGGAAUAUCCCUUUUUUUGAUGUUAAAUUUGAUGUUGAAUAUCACUUUUUGUGGCACAAAAAUCAUUUAAAACUCCUGCUUUUUUGGCUUCAGCCAAAGUAAUGUGGUGGAAUUUAUUUGUGACUCCAUGAAUGUCCUCCUAUAGAUCAGUUUGUUUGAAAAAUCCACUGGCGCUGACAUGAAUGCUGGACAUUUUCCUUCUCCAAAAAAGUUUUGUCUUCAUUUUCAAAAUCAAUGUGUAGAAUGUGUGUAAACGAUAAUAAUGAUGCUAACUAAGUCUGUGAGGAUUGUAAUUCCAGUCAGAAUAACAGUAUAUCUUUUUGUGCAUUACAUUCAAAUGACAAGACAGUGACAUAACCUAAACAUGAAAUGUCUUUAUUCCAAAUGCAGCACUAUACAGGAUUCGUUCCAACAACCCUUUAACAUUCCUGUACUUGUGUUCGAUGUGCAUGGCAACUUUGUUCCAUAAUGCAUAAAAAAGUUUGGCUGCUUAUGUACAUGUCGUAUAAAAGUCAUAAAUCAUGUAAGGGACUUUGCUAUCUUGGUUGUUCUAACAAAAACGAUCAUCCAUAUAAGAAGCGUAACCAUGUCUUAAAUGUUUUUUGAUUAUACUUCAUGAUAAAUAUACGUUAUGUGCCUGCAUAUUCCUUCCAUCAAUGCCUAAAUGUGUCAAAUAAAAACAGUAUUUUUCUCUGA